UCCAUCUAUCCGUUAACCCUACUCUCUCUCUUCUCUCUUUCUUUCUUUCUCUCUCUCUCUCCUCUCUUCCUCUCUCUCUCUUCUGCAACUCCUCCGGCAUUGCACAGAACGCAAAGCACACACCAAAUUUCCUUUCUUUUUUCUUCAAUUAAACAAAAAAUUCCAAAAUUUGAGAAAAAACUGAUUACCCACAUUCAUUCAUACCAAUGGGGAAGAUUUUCUGCGAUUCCACCACCGUCGCCGCCGAGCCCUUCCAAGGUUCGCCGGCGGCCACCGUUUCUUGGAUGGAUCCCAAAUCUCCGCCGCAGGUGGAGCCCAUUGGACCUGUAGAUCUCGUCGUUCAGGCCAAUUCCAUUUCCUCCGGCGGAUGGGAGGAUGUCGUCGGCCUGGAGGAGCAGCAGCGGCGCCACCUACAGAGGCUCUACAACAAGGGCGUUCUCUGGAAGCCUCCACCAGAGAAGGACGAGGAUGAGGACUCAUCGUCGUCGGAAUCUUCCUCCUCGUCCGCCGAUCUCAGAUCUGUUGUCUUCCGCCUCUCGCACGGCGGCGAGGUUUCAUCUGACGGGAACUGCCUCUUCACGGCGUCGAGGAAGGCCAUGGGUGGCGGCGAGGAGGAUAGGGUCGAUCCGCGGGAGCUACGGCGGCGGACGGUGGCGAGGUUCUUGGAGGAUUUUGGAUCUGCGGGUUUUGACGAGAGGGAAACGGUUGAUGAUGCGAUUCGGCACAUGUACUCGCCGGAUCUGAAGAAUGGGUGGGGGAUUCAUGUGGUUCAGGAGGUGAAGUUGUUGGCUAAGAAGGAGGAUCGGUUCGCUCUUGAUUCGGCGAUCGAGGAGCUCGUUCACCUCGGCAUGCAAAGAGAAAUGGCGGCAGAGUCUAUAUACAAGGAGAGAUGUAUUCCAGUGACUGAUGGUCCAAGUUGGGCCAAAUACAUGUUGAUCUCUGGUUCUCCUGAAGAUGAACAUGAUAUCAUCACUUUGCAAUAUACUGAGGAGGGUUUAUUAUCUGUAGAUGAGAAUAGAGAAGGCCGUGCUGCCGCUUUUGGUGAUGAUAUUGCAAUUGAGUGCCUUGCUACAGAGUUCCAGCGAGAGAUAUAUGUGGUGCAAGCUCAUGGUUCAGAUGCGAUGGUUGAUGAAGAAAAUUGUGUAUUUUUCCUUCCGCAUCGUCCGCGGAGCCAAAUUUCAGAAAUCCCCUUCUUCCUUUUCAUGAAAGGAACAGGUUGGUGCGGUGCUGGAGCUGACCACUAUGAGCCCUUGAUUGCUCAUCCCUCCCCCCUUGUUUCCCAAGAAAAGGUUGCUGUUGUUCUGUGAGGCUUUUGCAGCCUGCAAUUUUGUGGAGUAGAGAUUGAGUAGAAUUAGAAAUUCUUCACCCUAUUUAUGGCCACACAAAUGUUUGGUCUAUUAAUCUGCUUCUCCUGAAUACUGGUUUUGGUUCCAAGGAGAAUCUCAUUGUGUGGCUGUGGCAUUUAUUUUGUUACUGACAUUUAGAAUCAAUCAUCUUUGACUCUCCCUGACAUUGGACAAGCAGGUUUUCCUGCAGUUUGCGCGAGUCUAGAGAAUUGUAGUAGAGUUUCUCCGGGUUUCCGGCUUCUGUUUUGUUGUUUCGAUUACUGAGUUUAUCAGAGGCUUUAUGCUUUCUAGGUAAUCAAAUUGGAAGAGUUGUAUCUCAGUUGGACUUCGUCACAUUAAUGAAGCAGAUUCUUUUCAUUUUA